AUGAGGGGCAAAGUCUCUCGCAAAAUGAAAAGAGACGACGUCAAAAUAGAGAGUCACAGCGCCGCUAUAGGGAAAAAGUCAAGCUCAUCAUUGUGCGUAGGAGAAAAACAUCGAAAAGAACAAGCAAGCCAGACAUUAGACGAAGCGGGCUCAACUUCGCCAACAAACAAGCCCGUAGACGCUGCGGUAUCUUCAUCAACUGGCAUUUAUAGUCAGGCUCGAGCAGAUACAAAUCAUUCUGCUGCGGAUAUUAGUCCUACGUCUAUUACAAUUCCCACAGCUGGGACUGAUUUCCCAAGCCUGGAGAAUGAUGGCACGUGGAGCCCCGCUUCAGUGGACAAUGCUCAUCAAUGCUACUUCCCGCUGCCUUGGUCCCCAUUGAGAACUUUUCCAGACUGCAUGGACAUGUCUCUGCCGACCUUAAACGACGGUAAUGGGAAUUCAAGUGUUCCAGGCACGUUAAUCUUACAGAACCCUUCGGGCCCUCUUAAAGCUGGCGAGAUCCUAAUGGGAGCCGAGAAGAAAGCCUCAUUACCCGCGGGGCUAGUGGUAUCAACUGGGGAGAGUGAAAGCGCUACGGGGAAUAACACACAGUCCCUAGUUUCGCAUAUAUCCGUCGUCAGACCACAAAUGCGCGAGUCGAUCUCACAUCACUCCAAUAGAGAGAAAAAAGCGAUUGCGAUAGUGACGCAAAGCGUGACAGCACCUAGUAUACCCGCUGUGCGGGAUGUGGAGCACCAAAAAUCGCAGAUAUCACGAAUGCAAUCAAAGUGGAUGACUCCACAAACCACGCCCAGCCAGACGGAUGCACCCGAGGAGGCAAGGGUGCCGGUACACAAACGUCCACAUGAGUCAGAUUCGUCGCUUGAUGAAGUGGAAGAAAUAGAAACUCCCAGCAGAGCGAGAAUGCAGCAACGAACAGCGCGUACUGCGCAGGCGACAAGUACCGCGGUGCCAAUCUCAGGAACAGUAGGUGAACCAGGGGAUUCCAGAGCGGAACGGAUGAUUACCGAAGUGGAACACCUUUACAACUUUGGCGUCUGCGUCGGUAUUUUGCCAGAGGACCGUGAUAUUUUGACGGCACUGCGGAAGAUGAAGAAACGUUUUCGAUCUUUGUCCUUGCCGACGUCGUCCAAGGGUCUGAACCGUAGGCGGAGCCAUAGCGAAACACAAGAUUCGGGAAGCGGAUCGAGCGAGGGGACAUCAUCAUUAUCUGCAGCCUCGUUAUCAUCCAAAUCCGUCUAUGGUCGUGAUUAGAAAACGGGACAAAUUGAGAAGUCAUGAGAGGAAGCUGGAACCCGAGGUCAAACAGGACUUUUCUUUGGUAUGUUGGUUCCUUGCAUGAUAUAUGAUAGGCAAGAAGGAGGACCAGCGGCUUUCCUAGCAGUAAUUGUGCGAAUUGGAAAUCGACGUGUAGCGCCUACACGCUGUAUAGGGCAAAACAUAAUCUACAUCAAGGCAAACGAAUACAAUGAAAUCAU